AUGGCGGCCUGUCGCCUGGCAACGGUGGUCAGGUGUGUGAUGAUCACGGUGAACAGUUUAUUUGUGGUGCUUGGAGUGAUGGUUCUCUGUAUCGGCUGUAUACUGAUCACUGGUGGAAAUCUCACCGGUGGCUACUUGGUGGCGCUGUUCAGUGCACUUCCGGAAGUGUCGGGAUCCAUAGGAUCAUUUUUCACCUAUGUUGCAGCAACUAUAAUCAUUGUGGGAGCGGCCAUAUUUGUUUUAGGAACAUUGGGAUGUUGUGGAGCAUGCAAUAUUAACCCGCGUCUUCUGUACACGGUAGAUGACCGACUGAAAGAAGCUUUUCAAACAACUAUAAACAACGAAUAUGGUGGCCCUGACGUCACAGAUAGCAUCUCCAAUGCUUGGAACUAUGCUUUUGUAACGUAUAAAUGUUGUGGCAUUACUAAUUAUACUGACCUUCACCUGGCUGUGAAAUGGAAUAGAACCGGAAGUAGUGACGUCAUACCAGUCACGUGUUGUGUAUUACCAGGAAGUUAUCCUAAUUAUGGAAACCCUGCGGAUGCGGCUUGCACAACGACGCCGACAGAAUCAAACGCCAAUAUCUCUAAGGGUUGUUACGACAAGAUAAAGUCCUUCCUUGAAACAUACGUCGCCUAUGUAAUAGGCAUAGGCAGCGCCAUCUUGUUCCUUGAGUUGAUGACAGUGAUAUCAGCAUUCCUACUUUCACGACAGCGAAAAAAGACGGGACCGCUACCUGCAGAAAAGGACGUCGACUUCCGGUAA